AAAUAAUUUACUAUUUUUGAAUAAUGUCAACUCAAUUAGGAAAGGUGCUAAGUAUAAUAUUAGUUGAACGAUUUGGUACGGUGGUAGAAAAAGUAGGAACUUCCUUGUAUCAAUAUGGAAGUGCACCUUUGCUUCACAUUAAAAAAAGAACUGAAUUACCCCUUUCAAAGCUCAAAGAAUCUCUGGCUAUACUUAUAAAAUAUCAACUUGUAACAUUUGUUCCUAAUCAGAAUGAAAAUUUGGCAAAUUACUGUAUAAAACCAGACAAAGUAUUACUCAUGUUACGAUAUCCAAAAUAUAUCAAUCUUAUAAAAAAGAAAUUUGGGGAUGCAUCGGAAAUGAUAAUAGAAGAAUAUCUUCUAAGAAGUUAUAUCCCAGCCUCCGAAGCUUUGAUUAAGAUCCAUGAAAGAUUAUCAAAAAACAAUGAGAAUAACGUGUCAUUUGGUCAACUAAAAAACGAAUUUAUUGCCUUAAUCAAUGCCAAAUAUUUAAUCAAGCUUCCACACAAUGAACAAGAAGAUAAACCUGUACCAAAAUUAGUUUUAAAUGAGAAAGACAUGCACAUACUCCCACCUAUAGACGUAAAUUUACUUGUAAAAGCAAAAGCUGGCGAGCAGGUUGUGUUCCCUGAUAAAGACAUUUAUUGGCAAAUAAACUUUGAUAGAUUCCACCAAGACAUGAGGGAUAAAAUUAUUUUUACUGCAUUUACAAAAAAAUUUGAUGAAAAUGCUGGGGAGGUGGUUAAAAUGUUGUUACAACAGAUGUAUAUAAGAACUGAACCUUGGGCAGAUGUGUCUAAUCCUAUCCCUAUUUUGGAAAUAAAAGAUAUGGUGAAGAAACAGAAGAAUUUAAGCCAGUUAAAUGCUGUUUUUGACCAAUAUAUUAAUGUAAUUGAACAGGAUCAGAGUAAUUUAAUAAGAAAAGCAGGUAAUGGUACAUUUCAAAUUCAUUUAAAAGAAGCCUUUACACAGUUUACAUGGGAAGUUGUAGAACAAUGUGUUAUGGAAAAAUUUGAUACAAAAGCAGCUAGAAUAUUCAGAUUAGUUAGAUUAAAGAAAUAUAUAGAACCAGACAUGAUACAACAACUUGCCAUGAUACCAGCCAAAGAAGCUAAAAGAUUAACUUAUCAAUUGUUAGAAGAGAAUUUUUUGCAUAUUCAAGAAUUGAGGAAGGCUGCCGUAGGUGGUAGUGGUCCUAACAAAUCUUUUACUUUAUUUCACAUAAAUCUAGAUUUGAUUGUUAGAAUGCUUCUAGAGUUGUGUUACAAAGCUUUGUUUAAUGUUAUGACUAGGCGAAACCACGAAAAGAUAACAAACAAAAGAAUAAUUGAUAAGAAGCAGAGAGUAGAAACAAUUGCCUUGGGUAUGAGAGCACAAGGAGCAGCAGAAGAACAGUUAACUGAGAUCGAAGAAAUGAUUACGCCUCCUGAAAGAGAAAUUUUAGAAAAAAUCGACAGGACAAUGAAAAAGUUUAACACAGUGGAAUUAGAAAUUGAUGACACCAUAUUUUUGAUUGAAAUGUAUUUAAUGUAUCGGUAACAUUUCUUCAUCAGUGUGAUAAAUUUUUAUUUUUAUAUAAGUAACUUUUUGUUAUUUACAAC